AUGCUGAGGCCGGCUGUUCUCCUGGGUCUCUUUGCCCUGCUCUGUCCUCAGGGGGAGUUAGUGACAGCACACUUAUUGAGCAGACCGUAUUCAGCUGCUGACCUGGCCAGGCUGAAGAGCUUGCUGGAGCAGUUUGAGGAGACGCUAGCUGGGGAGGAGGCUGCAGUCAGACCUGAAGAUUACGAGGAUGUGAGGCCAGAGACGGAGGAGAGCCAGGCCAGCCCAGAGUGGGAGAGAGACAGAGGAGAACAAGGGCCCGUAUCGGGUGCCAAGAACCCGGACGAGGGCUCCCCAGCUCGGAGGAGCCGUCUGAAGGACCUGCUCAUGUCCACUCGUAGCCAGUUCACCUCGGCCUGCUUUGGCGCAAGAAUGGACCGGAUCGGAACCUAUAGCGGCCUGGGCUGCAAUUCCAAAAAAGGAUAGGAUAUCUGUGAGGGCGUGGCACUGUAAAAUGGCUGUAACACUGAGCUAUUUAUCUUUUAUCGUGUUGAUUUAUGUCAGAGAAGCAGUUCUUAGGUGUUAGCUAGGUGUUGUUUUUACAAAAUAUCCACAGGAG